AUGUGUGGCAUACUUGCUAGCAUCUCGGUCGAGCGCUUCCGGCGUGGCAGUAGACAUUAUUAUACCAAAAACAACCACAAUACAGUGGUAAACGGUGACUUCAACGGUACUCACAAUCACGAUGCGGUCGUAAAUGGGGAACUUGAAGACCAAGAAAGACAACGAGCCCUUUUGACUACGCAAUUAGAGAAUGGCUUGAUGGAGAUAUCUCACCGGGGACCUGAUAAUUCCCACGUGUGGAUUACAGAAGACGCUAGAGUCGGCCUCGGCCACGCGCGCCUGUCCAUCAACGACCUGUCCACCGACGCCGACCAACCCAUCCAUAGCGACGACGGGACAAUCCACGCAGUGGUCAACGGGGAAGUGUACGACUUUGAUAGGCUCCGUAAAGUCCUGACCGACCAGCACAGGUACCACUUCAAGAGCCAGAGCGACAGCGAAGUGCUUGUCGCCCUGUACAAGGUCCACGGGGCUCCCGGCUUCAUCGAGCACGUCCGUGGAGAAUUUGCCUUCAUCUUGUACGAUGAGCGUAGGGAUUUUAUCAUUGCCGGUAGGGACCGGUUCGGCAUCAAGCCGCUCCACUGGGCGUUUGUCCGUGAUGGAUCGGGGGAGAAGCGCCUGCUGGUGGCGUCCGAGGCGAAAGCAUUCCUGCCACUGGGUUGGCAGCCGGAAUGGGACGUCGGGGCCCUUGUCGACGGUGGGUACAUGAACGGCGAUAGGACCGUCUUCAAAGAUGUCCACAAGGUCCUGCCUGGGUGCUGGUUAGAGGUCAACGGCGAUGGGAUCGUACAUCACCAUAGAUACUGGGACAUGGAGUAUCCCGAAAAGGACAAGGUUGAAACACGUCCACUUGACGAUAUUAUUUCAGGCGUCCGGAGGCGACUCACCGAGGCCGUUCACCUCCGAUUGCGGGCUGACGUGCCGGUCGGGAUUUAUUUAUCUGGAGGUAUUGACUCUUCCACCGUGGCAGGAAUAGUGGCACACCUCGUCCGGGAAGACGGAGUGUUGGCGGGCACUGAGGAUGCAAGCAAGCGGAUCCGGUGCUUCACGAUAAAGUUCCCCAGCGGGUCCGGGUUUGACGAAUCUGAUAUUGCCGAUCGAACGGCCGAGUGGCUCGGUGUCGACCUCGCCAAGAAAGACAUGAACGAAGGCCGAUUGGCAGAGUACUUUGCGGAUUCUAUCUUCCACACCGAGCUUCCUUGCCACGACUUGGCAGGUGUCGGCAAGUUUGGCUUGUCGAUGGAAGCUCGAGAGAACGGGUUCAAGGUCGUCUUGUCUGGGGAGGGAUCUGACGAGAUCUUUGCCGGAUAUCCCUUCUUUAUGUGCGACGUUUUGAACGAGCCGGAUCUAUCUAUGCCGGCGUCCCCAUUGGUCAACGAUCAGAAAACGCGACUUGAACUGUUGAGGCUAUCCAACGAGGUCCUUGAAAAGGGGGUAGCGCCAACACUCUACUUCCAGCCGUCCCUAGCCACGUGGGCGCCCUGGGUGUCUCAUCGCUGGCCAGACUUGAACUGCCGCGACACGGUGGCCACGGCACACGACCCAGAGGUACGCGCCAAGAUGGCUAGCAGCUGGCACUCGCUGCACGGGGCCGAGUACGUGUGGACAAAGUCGGUGCUGCCCAACUUUAUACUCAGCACACUAGGUGAUCGCGCCGAGAUGGCCCACUCGAUCGAGGCCCGGACACCGUUCCUCGACCACCACCUCGUCGAGUAUGUGAACCAGCUGCCGCCUUCUCUCAAAUACGCAUACACGCCCGAGACGGGUGACUUUGGCGAGCAGGGGCCGUACUGGGCAGAUGGGACUGCACCGCAGAAGCUGCUUACGGAGAAGUGGAUCCUGCGCGAGGCGGCAAAGCCGUUCAUCACGGAAGAACUGUACAAGCGGAAGAAGCACCCCUACUCGGCUCCGUUUAAGUGGCCCAGGGGGGGGCCCGUUCAUGAGAUGCUGCAAAAGCUGCUGACGAGACAGGCUGUGGAUAACUUGGGGUUCCUGGACUACGAGGUGGUUGAGCGGGGAUUUGACAAGGGGUUUGGCGAGGAGGCGGAUGCCCGCGCGUUUCGGAACUUGUUGGUGUACGCCAGCCUGGUGACGAUAGGUCAGAGUGCUGAGACCCGUUCGACCCUUCCCUGA